AUGACUUCACUGCGUAAUAUACAAGUUCUUUUCCUGUUUCUUCUUUUAUUUAUAAGUAAAAAUGUAAUCGGCUAUGUGAGUGUAAAGGAAAAUCUGGAGGAAUUAAAAUAUGUUGUUGAGGGUAAGGAAAUGUUUGACAAUUUAAAAGGAUUAGAAAGGAUAAUAAUACAAUCAUUAAAAUAUGACAAAGUGCUAGUACCCGUGUUAAAUCCAAAUGUUGAGGAAUACCUGAAUAUGUCUAAUUUCAUGAUACUUAAACAUAAUAUUAAUGGUGAGAACCAAAUUAAGGUGGUUAUACCAGGACCAAAUGCUGAUAUCCACGAUUUAAUAAAAUAUGAACACGUUACAAAGCAGCAAAUAAUACAAACUUAUGAUUCAGAGAACUCGGAUUCGGUUAAGAAGAAGUUAUUGCUUUUGAAGGCAUUAAAAAUAACGAAACUUAUGUUAAUACCUAUGCAUGCCUAUGAGAAAACAAAAGACUUAAAAAAGGCACUAGAAGAGUUGAAUGCUGUAUUCUUUCCGAAAGAUGAAGAAGUUUGCAAGGAAAAUUCUUAUCAAUAUUCCAAAUCGUAUUUUGAAAAAAUUAUAAAUUAUAUUAAUAGAGUAAAGAGGAAGGAAUCCAAAGACAAUGCAUAUUCAACUAUAAUAAUUGGAGAAGACCUACAAAAAAUACAGGAAUCUAAUGAUUUGUUUUUUACGACAAAUGAUAAUAUUGAAUUUAUGAGCAAAUUAGAUAAGAUAGCCAAUCAUUUCGGAAUAGCUAUGUACAAUUUAGUUGGUUCUAAUCUUAUAGCAUUGGGACAUUUCCUUGUUCUACAAUUAGCCCUUAGAAGAUAUGAUCAAUUUUUUAAAUUUGGAAAAAUGAGAUUCUUUAACUGGCAAAAAAUUUUAAGUUUUAGCGCGACGGAUAGGUUUAAAGUACUCGAUACAAUGUGUAAUGUGCAAGGUUUUCAUGAUGUCCUAGCAAAACGAAGAGUAAAUUAUUUGAAAGAUGACAGAACAUCAACGUUUGAUGAGUGUAAUAUAUUAGAAUUUCUAGUUCAUUACUUCAAUAAAUAUCAAAACUCAUUAGUUUCUGGUUUAUAUCAAGAAGAUUUUAAAGUUCAUUAUUUGCAAGAACACACUGACAUAAAGAACGAAUUUUUCAAAUUUAUGUGCAAUGAUAUAAAUCACUGCAAUAUAUAUAACAGCAAACUAUUUCUUAGUGAAAAUGAUCCUAUGAGACCGUUGAACUCUGAUUCCCCUUACUAUAAGUCGAUAAGUGCUUACAACUUAUAUACAAAUUUUUUCUAUUUUACAAGACAUUACAAUGAAUUUACCCUCAACCAUAUUUUGUACGUACACUUUUUAAACUUAACUGGAAUUUUAAACAACGAGAACAAGGCCUUUGUAACUGCGCUAUAUUUACCUGGAUAUUAUAACGCCAUUGAAUUAUCCUAUGAUCAAGAAUCUCUACUUACGGAUCUGAUAGGAAACUUACUGAAAUGUGUUGAAAAAUGUAAUUCAAUAGAAGAUCCACCAAAAGAAUCGGUAUAUUAUGACAGUUCAAUGGAAGAUUAUGGUCAAAGUAAAUCCACGAAGUGUAAUCUUUGCAAGGGAGUAUUCACAUAUAUAAACUCGAAGCACGAAGAAUCAUCUUCUAUGUUGCAAAAAUUUUUCACUUUUGUUACAAAAAUUAUGAACAUAAAUAGCGUAAGCACAUUAGUAAGAAAUUUGGGUGUUUAUGAAGAAUAUGACAAUUUUCUAACAAACGAUAUCAACUGGUACACAUUUUUACUGUUACUGAGGCUUACAUCCUAUAAAAAAAUUGCCGAAAAGGAUGUUGCAGAUGCUAUGUAUUUAGAUUUGAGGAAAGAAGACAAGUUUAAUAAAACUGUUACCACGAAUUAUUGGUAUCCAUCGUAUUUAAAAAAGGCUUAUACUUUGUACGUACGAAAUAGAAUGGCUAUCAAUCUAGUAGAAAAAUUAGAGAAUUUACUAAGUAAAGGAACAAUAGAGAAAAUAAAGAAAUCUGUAAGAUUUUUGCUUCACGUAAAUUCCUUUUUACAAUUGGAUUUUUUUCACAACCUAAAUGAACCAAGACCUGGAGAAUAUCGUAUGAAUCCACUGUCCAUGGAACUUGAAAGUCAAUUUGCCGAAUGGAGUUCAAACUCUAAUUUAGGUUAUUUUUUUUUAAAUUAUGAUAAUCCUGACACAAGAAAAGAAAUGCAUGAAAAACUCAGAUCAGAUAGAAUGGUAAUACCUAAAUUUCACAAAGUGUCUGUUAUGCUAAGAAAGCACAUUUCUAAAGCAUAUGUAUCUUAUUUUAAUCAGAGGCAUGUAAGGAAUUUAUACGAGAAAUUUGAUUCCUUUAAUGUAAGUAAUAAAAUUGUACUAAUGAGGGAUUCAUACGAAUCGUACUUAGAGAAUUACAAGGAUAUAAUAUUUUUAGCAGAUAUAUUUAAUAUGAGGAAAUAUUUGACUGCCACUCCCAGAGCCAAAAAAAUUUCAGAUAGGAUAUACUAUUUUAUUCAUAACAUUUUGGGUAACUCUGUAAAUUUCUAUAAAUAUGGUAUGAUAUAUGGUUUCGUGAUUAAUAAGGAAUAUUUUAAAGAAGUUGCAAAUGAACUGUAUACAAUUUUUAAAUUGAACCAGCAUAUCUUUACGGAUAUUUCUUUUUUGCAAACUGUAUAUUUACUUAGCAGAAAAAUUGAAAAUAGUUUUAACGUGCAGAGGAGAAAUGAUAAAAUAAGCAUUAACAAUUUAUUCUUUUUAAAUGUCUCAAGUAAUUACUCUAAAAUGAGCAAAGAAGAGAGAUUAGAAGAAUUAAAUAAUUCCAUGGCCUCUAGAUUUUUUUCAAAAACCUUUUUUUCCACAUUUCAAACAAUGUUUGUUUCAUUAAUAAGUAAUAAAGCAGAUAAGCUUGAUAAACAAUACGGAAGUGCUAAUAUGCUAGGAUUAACGCUGAGUGAAAAGGCAUUUAUGAAGUAUGCUCUUAUAUACCAUGGUAGCAUAAUGGAUAAUAUAACGAACAGUCUUGUUCCUACUUAUGCCAAGAAGCCGAUAGAACAAUUAAAAUAUGGAAAAACAUUUAUUUUAUCGAAUUAUUUUAUGUUGUCUUCACAAGUAUAUUCAUUGUUAAAUUUAAAUAAUUUAAGCCAAUUGUGUGAAUAUCAAGCAAUAAGUAGUUCUAGUUAUUAUUCUCAGAAGAAACUUGGUCGAUUUAUUGAUAAAAAAAUGUUACCUAUUGUUGUGUAUUAUUUAAUUUUGAGAGUUCAUGGUGUUAGAGCUGUUCCGAACGAUUUUGUAGAUUGGUAUAAUAUCAUUUUAAGGUUUAAUCAAUUUCACCCCUCCAUAUGUGUUACUGUGCAUAUGAUGACUAAUUUAUAUUUCGAUACUCCACACGUUUUCCCCUCUUCACUGGGCGAUAAAUUAGGUGAACAAACUGAGCAUAUGGCAGCUUUAAAACCAAGUUCGAAACCAUUUGUUUUUGGAUUCACAAAAAUGCUCUGGUUGGAAUUACUUAAUGGCAUGUCCUGCAUUUUUGCUCUGUAUCCUUUUGUGCGUUACUAUGCUUUUCAGCAGAAUUUUGUUUACUUUUUCGUAAAUCCAUUCCGUUUUAUGGAUAGGUUUAAUACGCCAGUUGAUAGUUAUAUUAAAAAUAUGGUUCGAAUACAUUUUAGAAAAUAUACAACAGAUGAAAUUAUAAAGUUUGCAGAGAAAACCAUCUUAAAUAUUAAAAGACAAGGUAAAAUUGAAGAAGCAAUGGAGUCUAGAUUGGAGGCUAAAAGGAUUAAUGAACAUCCAAUUAUACAACGUUUAAAUCAAGAUUUUCCUAUGAUAGCACCACAAGAGUAUGAAAGACUGCAAAAAAUGGAUUCUGUAUUAUAUGGAGAUGAUAAUUUAGUUUUUGAUUCACUCGAUAAAGAAGAAAAAUUUUUAAACGACAAAUAUAUAAUAUCAGAUGUUCCGGAAGAAGAUGAAGGGGAAUCGCCACCAGGAUCCAAGCAAAGUUCUCCAAUUGAGAAUGAAGGUAAAAAUAAUAAUGAAGAAAAUAUGAAUGGACAAAAUAAUAAUGAAGAAACUAAUAAUGAAGAAAAUAAGAAUGAAGAAAAUAAGAAUGAAGAAACUAAUAAUGAAGAAACUAAUAAUGAAGAAACUAAAUAUGAAGAAACUAAAUAUGAAGAAACUAAUAAUGAAGAAACUAAUAAUGAAGAAAUUAAUAAUGAAGAAACUAAAUAUGAAGAAACAAAUAAUGAAGUAGGGGAAAAAAGUACGAGUUCUCCAGAAGCAACAUUUGUUGAAAAUAAUAAAAAGGAAAUGUCUGUAGGCGGUUACGAAAAUGAACCGAAUGAACUAAAUGUAACAGUUGGUGAACAAGAACUAAAUGAAGAUGAAGAUAUGCUCGAUGAUAAACUAAUGAUUAAGAGAAAAAUAAUCGGGGAAGAAUAA